CACAUGGUUCAGUGCUCCUAUUGUUCAGCAUUCACAGCGUCCCAGUGUUCCAGGUCUCAAGUUUACUCAGCAUUUUUAUUGCUGCUCCCCGUUCUUCUGACAGUCUAAGGUGCUCCCUCUGCUCCUGGUGUCCCGUUGUUCCAGGUGGCUCCAAGAUGCUCCCCGCCUCCAUUCAAAUCACCGGUGAACUGCUCUCAGCAGCAGAGGUCCAGGACAUCUGUGAGAGUCUGAAGGAGGACAGCGUACGACUGCUGUCUGUCCGUGGCUGCCAGCUGUCCGACCGGGACUUCGCACGCAUCUGCCGCAGUGUCUCUGAGUCCCGAUCACUGGCCCAGCUCAACCUGAACCUGGGUGUCGUUUGUAGCAUCAGUCGAACGCGGCAGUUGGCAGAAGCACUAAAGAACAACCGCUCCCUGCAAACCCUGUUUCUCCAUGGCUGUCCCCUGCUGGAUGCUGGUUUGGUGACUCUGAAUACUGCACUGACAACACACCCCGGACUGGUCUGCUUGGAUCUAGGAGAUUGCAUGUUGGGAGAUGAAGCACUGGCUCUGAUUUGUGGGAUGCUGCCCCCCGAUGGUGCAAAGUCAGGACUCCGGGAGCUCACGCUAAGUGCUAACCCAGGAAUCAGCUUCAAAGGCUGGUCCAGACUCAGCAUCGCUGUGGCUCACAGUUCACAGCUCCGAGUGCUGAACCUGGACUACAACCCACUGGGUGACCAAAUUGCUGGGAUGCUUGCAGUUGCUGUGGCAUCAAGUAGAACCUUGGAAGUACUGGACCUUGAGGGAACUGGGUUAACGAAUCAUUCUGCGCAGGUGUUCUUGGAUAUGGUGCAGAACUACCCAACUAGUUUGCGGGUUCUAGUUCUGACGGAGAACAACAUCAGUCCUGAACUUCAGCAGCAGAUCUGUGACCUGCUGUCUGAAGGGGACGAUGACGACAGAGAAACCUCACCCAUCAACACUGGCCCUAACCGCAACAGUAUCUUGCUCCCAAUCAGAGACAAGUACCAACCAAUCAGAGACAAGUACCAGCCCCCUAUCUGGCUACCCCACAGCAACUCUGCCCCUCAGACGCUUACGCUGACAUCAGGUCUAGGUGACAGCUUAUUGGGUGAGACUGAGAUGUGACUCCUUCUACAAACACUUCUUUUCAUAUAAUUCAAACAUAGACAUUUGCUGUCUUUUGUCUUUUGAUUGUUUUUUUAUCUGCACCGGCCACGUAGUUUGAUGUACCACCUCGAUACAUGAGUGUCUUAGGGACAAUGUUGCAUUGUGGUCUCCUCAUUCUCUAGCUCCUCCUGGUGGACACAAGUAGGUUAGCAUUUAUUAGUAAAAUACUGUACUAAUGCAAUCAACUUGUGAAGGGUUUUGUCAGAGGAGGUGGGCAGAGCCGAGUCUGACUGUAGAGUCUGUUUUAAUGGAUGUUUCUUUGGUGUCUUUUUUGUCAAAAUAAAAGUGUUUACAAUA